GAACGUACAUAUUGAAUAUGAAUGCGAUAGUUAAACAAUUUUUUCUCAAGUUUGAUUUAAUAUUACAUAUUAUUUAGACUUGUAAACAAUGUGACGUAAUUUCAGAUUUUCAAGCAAAUAGCACAGAAGUAAAUUUUUUGAAAAAUCCACGUGCAUUAUUUUUAUAGAGUUGCCGAAAGUAAGUUUUCCAUAGAAUGACCACUGUAAAUUUAGAAAAUUUCUACAAAAGAGCAGACGAAGCGGUUAUAAUGUUUGCAUAUGGUCAUUACAGGAAGAAGAGAUAGCUUUUUUAAAAAAGGAGAUUGAACGUUUGCAACAAAAUGUUAAGACUAACAAUUCUAUGGUAAAUUCUGUAUCUAUGGAUGAAUAUGUAAAGUUAGAACAGGAAAAUAUCAAACUGAAACACAGAGUGGCUAUUUUAAAAAGGACCGUUGAAGUUGAGAGAGCAAAGUCUGAAAACAAAUUGAAAAUGUCGGAUAACAAUGCUAUCAGUUUAUACGAUACACUAUUUAAUUUAUUUAAGAAGGCAAUCUCAGUCGCGUAUCCUGACGUUUGUGAUCCUCCAGUAAUUAUAAUAUCUAAUAGUAACGAAAGAUUUGGAGAUUAUCAGUGUAAUAGUGCUAUGGCACUUUCUAAACAACUCAAAAAUGAUGGAAUUACAACAAAGCCAAGAGGCGUUGCAGAGAGCAUCGUGUCCAAAGUAGAAGAUUCAAACUUAAUCUCCAAGUUGGAAGUUGCUGGAGCAGGUUUUAUAAAUAUAUAUUUGAAAAAGGAAUUUGCACAAAAGACCUUAAGCACUUUAGUGAAAAAUGGGAAGAUAUUACCACCAUACACAAAAAAGCAAAAAGUGAUUGUAGAUUUUUCUAGUCCUAAUAUUGCUAAAGAAAUGCAUGUUGGACAUCUAAGAUCUACUAUAAUUGGAGACAGUAUUGCAAGGUUGUUAGAGUUUCUAGGACAUGAUGUGUUAAGGAUAAAUCACGUUGGUGAUUGGGGUACCCAAUUUGGAAUGUUAAUAUCUCAUCUUCAAGAUAGGUUUCCUGAUUAUUUGUCUGUAUCUCCACCUAUUGCAGAUCUCCAAAGUUUCUAUAAAGAAUCAAAGGCAAGAUUCGAUACAGAUGAAGAAUUUAAAAAACGCGCUUAUAACUGCGUUGUUAAGUUACAAGCAUCCAAUCCAGACGUGAUAAAAGCAUGGCAAUUAAUUUGUGAUGUUUCUAGAAAAGAAUUCGAAAAGAUAUAUACUCGACUAGAUAUUAAGUUGAUAGAAAGAGGAGAAUCUUUUUAUCAAAAGCAUAUGGAAGCUAUAGCGAAAGACUUGGAAGCAAAAGGAUUAUUAGAAGAAGACGAAGGACGGAAAGUCAUGUUUAGUAAACGCGAUAAUGAAAUACCUCUAACCAUUGUAAAAUCUGACGGUGGUUUUACUUAUGACACAUCAGAUAUGGCAGCCAUUAAACAGCGUGUAGAAGAAGAAAAAGCAGAUUGGGUAAUAUAUGUAACAGAUGCUGGUCAAUCUAUGCAUUUUCAAGUAUUAAAACAUUGCGCUGAACGAGCUGGAAUUUUAAAAAGUUGUCAUAGAAUAGAUCACGUUGGAUUUGGCGUAGUUCUUGGUAAUGAUAAAAAGAAAUUUAAAACCAGAUCUGGUGAAACAGUAAAAUUGAGUGACUUACUUGACGAAGGUUUGAAGAGAACACUUGAGAAACUCAAAGAAAGGGAACGUGACAAAGUACUUACCGAAGAAGAGUUAAAAAUCGCUCAAGAAUCUAUUGCUUAUGGAUGUAUAAAGUAUGCUGAUUUAUCGCAUAAUAGAAACCACGAAUACAUCUUUUCUUUUGACAAAAUGUUGGAAGAUAAAGGUAAUACUGCCGUAUACUUGUUAUAUGCUUUAACAAGAAUACGCUCUAUUGCAAGGACUGCUAAUAUCUCGCAAGAAAAGUUACGUGAAAUGGCAGAGAAUAUUCCAAUUUCAUUGGAACACGAGAAAGAAUGGAAAUUAGCUAAAGUAUUAAUUAAAUUUCCCGAUGUAUUAAUUAAAAUUACGACCGACUUAUAUUUACAUCACCUAUGUGAGUAUUGUUACGAGAUUUCAUGCGUUUUCACGGAAUUUUAUAAUAACUGUUAUUGCCUGGAAAAGAAUGAUCUUGGAGAGAUAGUAAACGUGAAUAUGAGUCGCAUCUUAUUAACCGAAGCUACCGCGAUUAUAAUGGAACAAUGUUUCUCAAUACUAGGCUUAAAAUCAGUUGCAUAUAUGUAAGCGUAUUUGUAUGAAUUUAUAAUGUAAAAUAACAAUAAAACUCGUACUCUUUAUAAAAAA